CUGUCUUUGCGUUGGGAGCCAGUCAAAGCAGUCAGUGCUGCAGCAGGAGGAGGAGGAGGAGGAGGCGAGCCUAUGGAUUAAGCGGGAGGAGAGAGAGGGAGAGACGGGGAAGGGAGCCCUUGUUGCAGGCCUGGGGGAGCUGGCCCGGGCUUGAGCCUCCCCAGCAGACUCUCUUGUAUUGGGACCAGUGUUUGGCCCGCUCCCUGGCGGGGCUGCUAAGCGGGCGCAGCCAUGGGCAACCGGGGGAUGGAGGACCUCAUUCCCUUGGUCAACCGGCUCCAGGACGCCUUCUCCGCCAUCGGGCAGAAUGCCAACCUGGACCUGCCCCAGAUUGCCGUGGUCGGCGGGCAGAGCGCCGGGAAGAGCUCCGUCCUGGAGAAUUUCGUCGGCAGGGACUUCCUUCCCCGUGGAUCUGGCAUUGUCACCCGGCGGCCCUUGGUCCUUCAACUGGUCAAUUCAAAUACAGAAUAUGGCGAAUUUCUACACUGCAAAGGGAAAAAGUUCACUGACUUUGACGAGAUCCGUCAGGAGAUCGAAGCGGAGACUGACAGGGUGACCGGAUCAAAUAAAGGAAUCUCUGCUGUUCCGAUCAAUUUGCGGGUCUACUCUCCUAAUGUCCUGAGCCUGACUCUGGUGGAUCUGCCCGGGAUGACCAAGGUCCCAGUAGGAGACCAACCCAGUGACAUUGAGUUCCAGAUCCGCGACAUGCUCAUGCAGUUUGUCACCAAGGAGAACUGCCUCAUCCUUGCCGUCUCACCGGCCAAUUCCGAUCUGGCCAACUCGGAUGCUUUGAAGAUCGCAAAAGAGGUUGACCCUCAAGGUCAGCGUACUAUUGGCGUGAUCACCAAGCUGGAUUUGAUGGACGAAGGAACCGAUGCUCGAGAUGUGCUAGAGAACAAGCUGCUGCCUCUCAGAAGAGGUUAUAUUGGAGUGGUCAACAGAAGCCAGAAGGACAUUGAUGGGAAGAAGGACAUUCAAUCCGCACUCGCGGCAGAAAGGAAAUUCUUUCUCAGCCACCCAGCAUAUAGGCACAUGGCUGACCGCAUGGGUACCCCUUACCUGCAGAAAGUACUUAACCAGCAACUGACCAAUCACAUCCGAGACACACUGCCGGGUCUGCGGAACAAGCUCCAAAGCCAGCUUCUCUCCAUUGAGAAGGAAGUGGAAGAGUAUAAGAACUUCCGCCCCGAUGACCCUGCUCGCAAGACCAAAGCAUUGCUUCAGAUGGUUCAACAAUUUGCAGUGGACUUUGAGAAACGCAUUGAAGGAUCUGGGGACCAGAUUGACACCUAUGAGCUGUCUGGAGGCGCGAGGAUCAACCGCAUCUUCCACGAGCGAUUCCCCUUUGAGCUGGUGAAGAUGGAAUUUGAUGAGAAGGAGCUCCGACGCGAGAUCAGCUACGCCAUUAAGAACAUCCACGGCAUCAGAACGGGUCUCUUCACACCUGACCUCGCUUUUGAAGCCAUAGUGAAAAAGCAGGUGCAGAAACACAAGGAGCCCUGUCUGAAGUGUGUGGACAUGGUAGUGAGUGAGCUCACAUCCACCAUCAGAAAGUGUAGCAGCAAGCUCAGCCAGUAUCCUCACCUGCGAGAAGAGAUGGAGCGGAUUGUGACGACCCACAUCCGUGAUCGCGAGGGCAAGACCAAGGACCAGGUCAUGCUCCUGAUCGAUAUCGAAUUGGCCUACAUGAACACAAACCAUGAAGAUUUCAUUGGCUUUGCCAAUGCUCAGCAGAGGAGCAGCCAGAUGAGCAAGAAGAAGACCGCUGGGAAUCAGGAUGAGAUCCUGGUGAUCCGCAAGGGAUGGCUCACGAUCAACAAUAUCGGCAUCAUGAAGGGCGGCUCGAAAGAAUACUGGUUUGUUUUAACGGCAGAGAAUCUCUCCUGGUACAAGGAUGAUGAGGAGAAGGAGAAGAAGUACAUGCUGCCGGUGGAUAACCUGAAGGUGCGGGACAUCGAGAAGAGCUUCAUGUCCAGCAAGCACAUCUUUGCCCUCUUCAACACGGAGCAGAGAAAUGUUUACAAAGAUUACCGGCAACUGGAACUGGCCUGCGAGACCCAGGAGGAGGUGGAUAGCUGGAAGGCCUCCUUCUUGCGUGCAGGAGUCUACCCGGAGCGUGUCGGGUCCGGCGACUCGGAAGAGAAUGGCUCCGACAGCCUGAUGCAUUCCAUGGACCCGCAGCUGGAGAGGCAGGUGGAGACCAUCAGGAACCUGGUGGACUCUUACAUGGCCAUCGUCAACAAGACUGUCCGCGACCUCAUGCCUAAGACCAUCAUGCAUCUCAUGAUCAACAAUACCAAGGACUUCAUCCACUCCGAACUGCUGGCGAACCUCUACUCCUGCGGAGACCAGAACACCCUGAUGGAGGAGUCGGCUGAGCAGGCCCAGCGGCGGGACGAGAUGCUGCGCAUGUACCACGCCUUGAAGGAGGCCCUGCACAUCAUCGGGGACAUCAACACCACCACCAUCAGCACACCCUUGCCUCCGCCGGUGGACGACUCCUGGCUGCAGGUGCAGAACAUACCAUCCGGACGCAGAUCUCCCACCUCCAGCCCGACGCCACAACGGAGAGCUCCGGCAGUCCCACCCGCAAGGCCUGGGUCGCGAGGCCCGGCUCCUGGACCUCCGCCUGCUGGUGGGCCCACCCUGGGUGGUGCGCCGCCAGUGCCCUCUAGGCCCGGGGCCUCCCCCGACCCCUUUGGACCUCCCCCACAGGUCCCGUCUCGGCCCAACCGCGCACCCCCCGGCGUCCCCAGCCGGAAGGGCCCUGCUUCACCUACGCGACCCACCAUAAUCCGACCAGCUGAACCGUCCCUCUUAGACUUAUAACCCGAGGCCUAGACACAGCAGCUGGCGACGUGCGCUGUGCCCGGGGGCUCCCUGCCCCACCCAUCCAUCCAUCCCAGCAACCCAACCAUGUGCCCUCCCCGCCUCACUCUUUCGCUGCUUCUCUCACCGCUACACCUUCCCCUCCUUGCCUCUCCCCACGUCGUUAAAAAUGCUCAUUAGUGAGAGAGCUCUUCUUCUUCGUCUUCUUCUCUUGUGCGUCCUGUAUUGCUUUGUGAGCCUAGAGUAGUCCUAGUUCAGUGGCAUGGGAGACCUAAAGGACGCGUAGUGGCAUACGGGAGCGCUGCCGGGCGCCUCCACCUGCUCGGCCUUGCGUACCGCAUGGGUUAACCGUAGCCUCUAGCGCCGAUCAGUAGCUAUGUAGUGACUUUUUUCCUACCAUAGUUCAGACGAAACACACGUUUUUUGGUGUUUGCUAUUCCAAACAAGGGUGUGAAGACAAAAAUUCUCAGCGAUGUCCGGUAUGUGGAUUUGGUUUCAAGUGUUUCAAGUGCAAACUUUGGAGGGCUGUUUCACCUGCUGCUCUCUCCAUAGUUGGGGAGGCGUUGCAAAACCAUAGGGUCCGUCUUCCAAACCAAGAUGGCAAGUGGAACGCAGCGAUGCAACAGGCUGCUCUCGCUUCUUUGGGGCAAGAAAUGCAGGCUUUUUUGAAGCAGCAAGCAUGUAUUUGCAACUUGCAACGGACUUUCCGCAGACCCAGAUAUAGGAGCUAAUACACUUUGUCCCUUGCUUCUUUGGGGUGAGAGAUGCAGGUUUUUGGGGAAAGCUUGUAUUGGCAAUUUACGACGGACUUUCCGCAGACCCAGGUAUAGGGCCUAAUACACCUUAUCCCUCGCUUCUUUGGGGUGAGAGAUGCAGGCUUUUUGAAGCAACGAGCGCUUAUUACGACGGACUUUCCGCAGACCCAGAUAUAGGGGCUAAUACACCUUAUCCCUCGCUUCUUUGGGACGAGAGAUGCAGGCUUUUUGAAACAGCGAGCGCUUAUUACAACGGACUUUCCGCAGACCCAGAUAUAGGGGCUAAUACACCUUGUCCCUUACUUCUUUGGGGCGAGAGAUGCAGGCUUUUUGAAGCAGCGAGCGUGUAUUACGAUGGACUUUCUGCAGACCCAGGUAUAAUACACUUUUAUCCUCCCUGCAAAAAAACAAAAAACCGGACGAGCUUGCAUUCCCAGGAGUUUGCUGUUGUCAGUGUUUUAAUGCAACGAAUGACCUUUGCUUCAGACCAACCCAGCAACUACCAAAAAAACACCGUCCUUGUUUGUGGUCUUGAGUAUCCUGGUGACUUGCAAUAACCUUUAGUGCUUGCAUGCGAGUGGUACUUCUUUGUAAUGUGGGGGGGGAAAUGUUUGUCUCACUGCAAAGUUUGGACUCUCGUCCUCUCCUUAUCGAUAUCUGCUGAGGGGUGAAUGCAAAUGCAUUUAAAGAAAAAGAGAGCCUUCUGUCACCCUGUCCCUCCGACAGUCAAGUUCAGCCACUCGCUUUGUAAGUCUUCCAACCAUCCCAACUUACAAUUCCCGUUCUUUUAUUAUUCUGGUGCUGUUGCUUUUGAUUUUCUGUUGACGAUUCUCUCGACACCAAACUCCGAUGUCUGUUUCCUCCAUAUUUUAACUAUGGUUUACUUUUGUUUUUGUCCCUUUCCCACUCCCUUUCUCUCUCUCUCUCUGGUUUAAUUUGGUGUGUUUGUCUCUGUGUUCUUGUCUCUCUUUCUUUAAAUUCCAGCCGCCCUGGCAAAGCUAGCCCCUCUCGUCCGGAGAGUCCAAAGCCACCCUUUGACAUGUAACCCUCUUGAGAUCCAUCUCUUAUCUGCCUCUUAGCUGUUCUGUCCUGGAAUGGUUCAACGCACACACAAAAAACCCCCAACACACGGCUUUGUUCUGUCGUAGCUUGUGGCUUGCAAUGCACAUAUCAGACGUGACUCUAGUGAAACUGGUUCUUCUUCUUCCUCCCGGUUGCUUUCAAGGAACUUUAAAAAAUCCCACGUUAUAAUAUUGUAGUCAUGAGAAACAUAUCUUUACUGUUAUAUAAAUAUAUAUAUAAAUAUCUCUAUAUAUAAAGAACAAAAGUCUAUAUGGUUGUCCAGAUGUUUUAAGCCUUUCAUGCUUCCAAUGUUGACUUUAGCAAAUACUGGAGUAGGAAGAGUCUAUAUAUAUAUAUAUAUAUAUUGUACACAUGUGCACCUGGCAAAAUCUCGCCCAACCUGAGCCGCCGCCGCCGCAGCAGCCGCCGCAACCCUGAGAGGAUCCAUCCUUUGCUGUCCUCCAUUGGCUUGUUCUGUGGCCCUCAAAACUGUGGGUGAAUCUUCGCAGUGCUAGUGGUACCCGUCAUGCCGUCUGUGAUCUGUCAACUCUUGUUUACUGGCUGAAAUAAAACUCUCAUUUCUGUAUAAUGGAGGCUCCAUGCCAAGAAUAAAAUUCUCUCUCAGUG